AUGGGUGUCCGCUUGGCCACCACCAUCCUCCUCCUCCUCGCCGCCCUCCCAGGGCUGCGGGCGGCCGUGCAGCUGGUGGAGUCCGGAGGGGGUCUCCAGAAACCCGGGGGGUCCCUCACCCUCCUCUGCAAGGCCUCCGGCUUCACCUUCAGCCUCUCCAGGGACAACUCCCAGAGCACUGUGAAGCUGCAGAUGAACAGCCUCAAGACCGAGGACACGGCCACCUACUACUGCGCGAAAGCUGCUCACGGUGGCACCCGGCCUACGGUGCCGCUGGCCAAAACCCACCGGCGUUGCCGUUGGCUGGUUGUCCUCCACCCGGGGGAGGUGGAAGCCAGCUUUGCCACGCUUGAGGGGUUGCAGAUGAUUGGGACGUUUUGGGGAUUUGUGGGUGUUUUGGCGGUGCGGGAGGGAGGAGAUUUCGCAUCAACUCUGG